UUCCACAUCUACGGCUGCGUGUUCCAGGCCGGCCCCUCGGAGGUCUGAGGAUUUCCCAUCUGUGGCCACGUUGCUGUACACACCGCUAUUGGGCCUCUCGCUCGACACCACGUUCAGUCCAAUCGGCCAACCGCUUCAUUUUGCUUGCCGACAAAACAAACUGAGGCGACGAGCGGAGAAAAGCCGGAAACGGGGUCCAGACCUCAGACGCCGUGUUCGUCUUGCAACGGGAACCCCUUUGGGUCUGAAUCGCUUCCCCGGUGGCCCAGCAAGGGCUCCAGGAGGCCAGAACCAGCCAACGAUCGCCGGUCGUGAUCUCUAGCACGGCCCGCAAGUUGUCCGGGGGAGUGCUGUGAUAUAUGGAGUAUGGAGGGCAUGGCCGCUCGGUGCUCCCCACGCCCGCGCGAAGCCAGUGCGGCGAGAGCCAGCACGCCGCCUUCUGCUUGGCGUCGCACUCGAGGGGUUCGACCUUCGUCAUGUUUCCGAUGCGGUUAGCAGCACAACGGGGCAGGCAAAGUCCCACAAACAUGCAACAUAACGCACACCCUCAGGGGGUCGAUUCAAUUGAUCUUGAUUCUUUUGAGUUGCUUGAGGAGAAUGGAAUAUCUUUCUUGCGCGCGCCACGCACGGGAUGGCAGGGUGUCCUCUUGACCCCUGGCCUGCUGCACAUGGCGAAGGACUUGAAUCACGACUUGGAACGAACUGCUGGAAGAUUUGCCAGCUGCCGAAGUAUGCAGCUAUGGGUCAACUCGAGAACCCAGUCGCGGCUGACACGACAAGCCUCGACUCGAAUGGAGGUGCUGCUCCUGCACAGCUCAAACAUGUUCCUGAAGUGCAUGUUUUGAGAUUGGGCCUCCAGCCUCGGUGUUGCCAUCUUCUCCAGCGAACGCCUCCGACGGCACUGCCCAUUGAACAGAUUGUGCAGGCGACUGGGCAGCCUCAUAUCGUUGUCCUCCUCAGGACAUGUCAAAAACUACGAAACACAACAUUGGAGUUGAGAGACAUUGCGUUCAGCAUAAACACAUCAUGUUCAAAGUUUGCUUCGACAGAUACAAAAAAAAGCGCGGUGCCCGGUGACAAGGUGCAUCCGCGGACGAACUAUACAUACAAGGCUGCAGGGGGGAGUAGAGCAGCCAUGAAAGAAGGGCAAGUGGAAGCUAAAGGAGGGAUGGGGUGGCGAGAGAGAAUGUGCCC